GGCCAGGUCAAGCUCCACAGCUCUCCCCUGUGCUCUGUCUUCCCUUGCUGCUCUCAGGUCCCCUGCAGGCUUGAGCCCCCUUCAUCUAGUACACACAUUCAAGAACCCGAGCCACUGCAGACGCAGCCAUGGUGGACGCGGAGAUGGCCGCGUUUGGGGCCGCCGCCCCCUUCCUGCGCAAGUCAGAGAAGGAGCGGCUGGAAGCCCAGACCCGACCUUUUGACCUCAAGAAAGAUGUCUUUGUGCCCGAUGACAAAGAGGAGUUCGUCAAGGCCAAAAUUCUGUCUCGAGAGGGUGGCAAAGUCACCGCUGAGACCGAGCAUGGCAAGACGGUGACCGUGAAGGAGGACCAGGUGAUGCAACAGAACCCGCCCAAGUUCGACAAGAUCGAGGACAUGGCCAUGCUGACCUUCCUGCACGAGCCCGCCGUGCUCUACAACCUCAAGGAGCGCUAUGCCUCUUGGAUGAUCUACACCUACUCGGGCCUCUUUUGCGUCACCGUCAACCCCUACAAGUGGCUGCCGGUGUACAACGCCGAGGUCGUGGCCGCCUACCGGGGCAAGAAGAGGAGCGAGGCACCGCCCCACAUCUUCUCCAUCUCUGACAACGCCUAUCAGUACAUGCUGACAGACAGAGAAAACCAGUCCAUCCUGAUCACCGGGGAAUCCGGGGCCGGGAAGACGGUCAAUACCAAGAGGGUCAUCCAGUACUUUGCUGUGAUUGCUGCCAUUGGGGAUCGCAGCAAGAAGGAGCAGACCCCAGGCAAGGGCACCCUGGAGGACCAGAUCAUCCAGGCCAACCCUGCCCUGGAGGCCUUCGGCAACGCCAAGACCGUCCGGAAUGACAACUCCUCCCGCUUCGGGAAAUUCAUUCGAAUCCAUUUUGGGGCAACUGGAAAGUUGGCAUCUGCAGACAUAGAGACCUACCUUCUGGAAAAAUCCAGAGUAAUUUUCCAGCUGAAAGCAGAGCGAGAUUAUCACAUUUUCUACCAAAUCCUGUCUAACAAAAAGCCUGAGCUGCUGGACAUGCUGUUGAUCACCAACAACCCCUACGACUACGCGUUCAUCUCCCAAGGAGAGACCACGGUGGCCUCCAUUGAUGACGCUGAGGAGCUCAUGGCCACCGACAAUGCCUUUGAUGUGCUGGGCUUCACCUCAGAGGAGAAGAACUCCAUGUACAAGCUGACGGGCGCCAUCAUGCACUUUGGAAACAUGAAGUUCAAACAGAAGCAGCGAGAGGAGCAGGCCGAGCCAGAUGGCACCGAAGAGGCUGACAAGUCCGCUUACCUCAUGGGGCUGAACUCAGCCGACCUGCUCAAGGGGCUGUGCCACCCUCGGGUGAAAGUGGGCAACGAGGNCUCUUGGAUGAUCUACGUGACAUCUGGUCUCUCCCUUACCUUCCAGGUGGCGUAUGCCACCGGGGCACUGGCUAAGGCCGUGUACGAGAGGAUGUUCAACUGGAUGGUGACACGGAUCAAUGCCACCCUGGAGACCAAGCAGCCACGCCAGUACUUCAUAGGGGUCCUGGACAUCGCCGGCUUCGAGAUCUUCGAUUUCAACAGCUUCGAGCAGCUGUGCAUCAACUUUACCAACGAGAAGCUGCAACAGUUCUUCAACCACCACAUGUUCGUGCUGGAGCAGGAGGAGUACAAGAAGGAGGGCAUUGAGUGGGAGUUCAUCGACUUUGGCAUGGACCUGCAGGCCUGCAUCGACCUCAUCGAGAAGCCCAUGGGCAUCAUGUCCAUCCUGGAGGAGGAGUGCAUGUUCCCCAAGGCCACUGACAUGACCUUCAAGGCCAAGCUGUAUGACAACCACCUGGGCAAGUCCAACAACUUCCAGAAGCCACGCAACAUCAAGGGGAAGCAGGAAGCCCACUUCUCCCUGAUCCACUACGCCGGCACCGUGGACUACAACAUCCUGGGCUGGCUGCAGAAGAACAAGGACCCGCUCAACGAGACGGUGGUGGGCUUGUACCAGAAGUCCUCGCUCAAGUUGCUCAGCAGCCUGUUUGCCAACUACUUGGGGGCUGAUGCACCUAUCGAGAAGGGCAAAGGCAAAGCCAAGAAAGGCUCAUCCUUUCAGACCGUGUCAGCUCUGCACAGGGAAAAUCUGAACAAGCUGAUGACCAACUUGCGCUCCACGCACCCCCACUUUGUGCGUUGCAUCAUCCCCAACGAGACCAAGUCUCCAGGGGUGAUAGACAACCCCCUGGUCAUGCACCAGCUGCGCUGUAAUGGGGUGCUGGAGGGCAUCCGUAUCUGCAGGAAGGGCUUCCCCAACCGCAUCCUCUACGGGGACUUCCGGCAGAGAUACCGCAUCCUGAAUCCAGCAGCCAUCCCGGGCCAGUUCAUUGACAGCAGGAAAGGGGCAGAGAAGCUUCUGGGCUCCCUGGACAUUGACCACAACCAGUACAAGUUCGGCCACACCAAGGUGUUCUUCAAGGCGGGACUGCUGGGGCUGCUGGAGGAGAUGCGGGACGAGAGGCUGAGCCGGAUCAUCACCCGCAUCCAGGCCCAGUCUCGGGGUGUGCUCUCCAGAAUGGAGUACAAGAAACUGCUGGAACGCAGAGACUCCCUGCUGAUAAUCCAGUGGAACAUCCGGGCCUUCAUGGGGGUCAAGAACUGGCCGUGGAUGAAGCUGUACUUCAAGAUCAAGCCACUGCUCAAGAGCGCGGAGACGGAGAAGGAGAUGGCCACCAUGAAGGAGGAGUUCGCGCGCCUCAAAGAGGCGCUGGAGAAGUCGGAGGCUCGCCGCAAGGAGCUGGAGGAGAAGAUGGUGUCCCUGCUGCAGGAGAAGAACGACCUCCAGCUCCAAGUGCAGGCGGAACAAGACAACCUGGCUGACGCAGAGGAACGCUGCGACCAGCUGAUCAAGAACAAGAUCCAGCUGGAGGCCAAGGUGAAGGAGAUGACUGAGAGGCUAGAGGACGAGGAGGAGAUGAAUGCGGAGCUCACUGCCAAGAAGCGCAAACUGGAGGACGAGUGCUCCGAGCUCAAGAGGGACAUUGAUGACCUGGAGCUGACACUGGCCAAGGUGGAGAAGGAGAAGCACGCAACAGAGAACAAGGUGAAGAACCUGACAGAGGAGAUGGCUGGGCUAGAUGAGAUCAUCGCCAAGCUGACCAAGGAGAAGAAAGCUCUGCAAGAGGCCCACCAGCAGGCCCUAGAUGACCUUCAGGCUGAGGAGGACAAGGUCAACACCUUGACCAAGGCCAAGGUCAAGCUGGAGCAGCAGGUGGACGAUCUGGAGGGGUCCCUGGAGCAGGAGAAGAAGGUGCGCAUGGACCUGGAGCGAGCAAAGCGGAAGCUGGAGGGCGACCUGAAGCUGACCCAGGAGAGCAUCAUGGACCUGGAGAACGACAAGCAGCAGCUGGACGAGCGGCUGAAAAAGAAGGACUUUGAGUUGAAUGCCCUCAACGCGAGGAUUGAGGAUGAACAGGCCCUGGGCAGCCAGUUGCAGAAGAAGCUCAAAGAGCUUCAGGCUCGCAUCGAGGAGCUGGAGGAGGAGCUGGAGGCCGAGCGCACCGCCAGGGCCAAGGUGGAGAAGCUGCGCUCAGACCUGUCCCGGGAGCUGGAGGAGAUCAGCGAGAGGCUGGAGGAGGCCGGAGGGGCCACGUCCGUGCAGAUCGAGAUGAACAAGAAGCGCGAGGCCGAGUUCCAGAAGAUGAGGCGGGACCUGGAGGAGGCCACGCUGCAGCACGAGGCCACGGCGGCGGCCCUGCGCAAGAAGCACGCGGACAGCGUGGCCGAGCUGAGCGAGCAGAUCGACAACCUGCAGCGCGUGAAACAGAAGCUGGAGAAGGAGAAGAGCGAGUUCAAGCUGGAGCUGGACGAUGUCACCUCCAACAUGGAGCAGAUCAUCAAGGCCAAGGCUAACCUGGAGAAGAUGUGCCGGACCCUGGAAGACCAGAUGAAUGAGCACCGAAGCAAGGCCGAGGAGACCCAGCGGUCUGUCAACGACCUCACCAGCCAGCGGGCCAAGCUGCAGACCGAGAACGGUGAGCUGUCCCGGCAGCUGGAUGAGAAGGAGGCCCUGAUCUCCCAGCUGACCCGAGGCAAGCUCACCUACACCCAGCAGCUGGAGGACCUCAAGAGGCAGCUGGAGGAGGAGGUUAAGGCGAAGAACGCGCUGGCCCACGCGCUGCAGUCAGCCCGGCACGACUGUGACCUGCUGCGGGAGCAGUACGAGGAGGAGACGGAGGCCAAGGCCGAGCUGCAGCGCGUCCUGUCCAAGGCCAACUCAGAGGUGGCCCAGUGGAGGACCAAGUACGAGACGGAAUGCUCCCCGCCGGCACCCGGCCAACCCCUGUGGUGUGCCCGCCCUCCCGGUCUGCAGGACACCCAGAUCCAGCUGGACGACGCGGUGCGCGCCAACGACGACCUGAAGGAGAACAUCGCCAUCGUGGAGCGGCGCAACAACCUGCUGCAGGCGGAGCUGGAGGAGCUGCGGGCCGUGGUGGAACAGACGGAGCGCUCUCGGAAGCUGGCGGAGCAGGAGCUGAUCGAGACCAGCGAGCGGGUGCAGCUGCUGCACUCCCAGAACACCAGCCUCAUCAACCAGAAGAAGAAGAUGGACGCAGACCUGUCCCAGCUGCAGACGGAAGUGGAAGAGGCGGUGCAGGAGUGCAGGAACGCCGAGGAGAAGGCCAAGAAGGCCAUCACCGACGCUGCCAUGAUGGCGGAGGAGCUGAAGAAGGAGCAGGACACCAGCGCGCACCUGGAGCGCAUGAAGAAGAACAUGGAGCAGACCAUCAAGGACCUCCAGCACCGGCUGGAUGAGGCCGAGCAGAUCGCCCUCAAGGGCGGCAAGAAGCAGCUGCAGAAGCUGGAGGCCCGGGUGCGGGAGCUGGAGAACGAGCUGGAGGCCGAGCAGAAGCGCAACGCGGAGUCCAUCAAGGGCAUGAGGAAGAGUGAGCGUCGCAUCAAGGAGCUGACCUACCAGACGGAGGAGGACAGAAAGAACCUGCUGCGGCUGCAGGACCUGGUGGACAAGCUGCAGCUGAAGGUCAAGGCCUACAAGCGCCAGGCCGAGGAGGCGGAGGAACAGGCCAACACCAACCUGUCCAAGUUCCGCAAGGUGCAGCACGAGCUGGAUGACGAGGAGCGGGCGGACAUCGCCGAGUCCCAGGUCAACAAGCUGCGGGCCAAGAGCCGGGACAUCGGCGCCAAGGGCUUGAAUGAGGAGUAGCUUUGCCACGUCUCCUUGAUCUGCCCCGUCCUGAGGGUGCCGGUGAAGCCCUCAGUUCCAGAGUCUACAUAGCAGCCCCUUUGGAGGAAGCAGAAUAAAGUUAUUUUCCUUGAAGCCAAGA